AUGUCGACCGAGGAAUCUAAACACCUUAACGAGCGUGCAGAACUCUUUGUACGCUCGAUUCCAUAUGAGGCGACAUCUGAAGAACUUUCUGAUUUUUUUUCCAACUUCUGUCCAGUCAAGCAUGCCGUGAUUGUUACCGACGCUGAAAACAAAUCUAAGGGGUUUGGUUUCGUUAGUUUUACAGAAGCUGACGACGCGAAAAAGGCUCUAGAAGAGGCCCGCAAGACAAAGUUUUUGGGAAGAUAUCUCCAAGUUGAUGUGGCACAAAAACGUGAGAGAGGAAAGAAGUCUGCCGACGAUGAUUCCGAAGAAAAGCCUAAGAAGACUGUGGAGAAGGCCCACUCUGUUGAAAAGCGACGACCUAGAUUAAUUAUUCGCAAUCUGCCAUGGUCUUGCAAAGACCCCAAAAAAAUUGAGAAAAUUUUUGCCAAGUUUGGCAAUGUGAUUGAGGUUUUGAUUCCCAAGAAGGAGGGUGGAAAAAUGGCUGGUUUCGCGUUCGUCACUAUGCGCAAAAAGGCACACGCGCAAAAAGCUGUCGAAGAAACCAAAGCACUCAAGAUUGACGGCCGUGAAGUGCAAGUUUCAUUUGCCGUUGAAAAGAAUAAAUGGCUGGCCAAGCAAAACGGUGGAACUGGUGAGGAGGAUGAUUCUGAAGAGUACGACGAAUCUGAAGAUGACGAAGAAGAGGAAGAAGAAGAAGAUGGUGAAGACGAAGAAAAACCAAAAAAGAAAUCUAAUAAAGAUUCUAGCCGCUCUAAGGCUGCUUCUAAUGAACAGACUAUUUUUGUUAGAAAUAUCCCCUAUGAUACAACUAAAGAAGCUCUGCAAGAUCACUUUGAGGAGUUUGGUCCGGUGUUAUACGCGCUCCCAGUUUUCGACAAAAAACUCAACCAGCCUAAGGGCACUGCAUUCGUUGCUUUUGAGAAUGCUGAGGACUGCAAGGACUGCAUUGCUAAUGCACCUCAGGUAUCUUCGACAUCCCUCCUGCUUCCUGACGAUGUGGAUCCACGCUACGUUUUUGAAGGCCGUGUCCUGAGCAUCACUGGCGCACUGCAGCGUGACCGGGCAGAAGAACUCGCGACAGCGUCAAAUGCCAGACGACAAGAACUUCUGGGUAAGGCACCCAAGGAAAAGGAUCGUCGUAACUUGUUUCUGCUGAAUGAAGGCCGAAUUCCUCAAGAUUCGAAGCUAGCAGUGCAUAUGAAUGCUCAAGAACUGGAGAUGCGUGAAAAAUCGUACGACCAGCGCAAGACGCAACUUAACAAGAACCCGAGUUUGCAUCUGAGUUUAACACGGUUGGCUAUCCGAAACCUUCCUCGCGCCAUGAAUGAAAAGGGCCUUAAGGCGCUGGCACGCAAGGCAGUAGUGGAGUUUGCAACUGAGGUUGCCCAAAAGAAGAGACAGCCACUCAGCAAGGAGGAGUCGCAGCGAUCCACAAAACAAAUUGAAGAACUAGGACAAGCUGCCAAGAGUAAGAAGGGUGUGGUGCGCCAAUCUAAAAUUAUCAUGGAGGAAAAGGGCUCUGGGUCCUUGGGUCGCUCGCGCGGUUACGGCUUUGUGGAGUUCCGUGAUCACAAGACUGCUCUUAUGGGUCUGCGAUGGCUCAACGCCCAUGAGGUUACACGCGAAGAAAUUCUUUCUGGUUUGACAGAAGAUGAGGUAGAACAAAAAGUGCAAUCUUCAGACGAUACUAAGCGACGACGACUGGUGGUGGAGUUUGCUAUUGAGCAUGCACAAAUUACGAAGCGUCGCAAAGAGAAUAUGAUCAAAGCUCGUUUAUCAGCCAAGCGCAAGGCCGAAGAUGAGGCCAGCGCACCCAAAGAACGGGAACCCGCUGUUAAGAAGGAAAAUGAAGAGAACAAUACUCGCCAUAUUAUUGGCAAGAAGCGCAAGAUGCGCAAGCUUGGGAAAUAA